GACCGGGGGAAACGACGACGACGACGACGACGGCUCGCUUAUACCGCACGGAACCACGUACACAAGGAGACGUCCGGCUUACAUGCACGUGCGUACACGGCCGAGGAACGCGCACACCCGCUCGCGGAUAUAUACGUAUGCCCUAAGGACACGAAGGACCAAACGUCGUGGAGCUACGGGUCCGCGAACGUGGUGCGCGAGGCCGUGGUGAACCGGGAAGUCGAGUCGUUGGCGGCUACUAGCGGUCAACGGACGGACAGUGAUCGGACUGGUGGUGCUCGAUCGUGGAUAAAGCGCGACGUAACUCGCGAUGACGACGAGUCAACAUUCGCGGAAGACAAUGUGAUCCCGCACGUUAACUCUUCGCAUCUACCUCGCGAUUUCGCAAAAUGAUCGGCCGGCCGGGUGAACUGUAGGUGGGCUACAGUAGUGGCGAUCGGUUACCAGUGUCCGGGCGUCGUCGCUCCAACGGUACUUGUUCUCUUCGGCUCGAAUCUUCGGAUGAACAUUUGUGUCCGCGUAUCGCGGAUCCGCGUUUCUUUCUAUCAAUCUGUGAUCACUGUUGCUCCUUUACGGCGCGCCUCGUUCGUGACUUAGUGUGACACGUGUGUUUAUCUCGGGGAUAAUGUGGUCGCAUCGCAGAUAAGAUUGACGAAUGACGCCGUAGCAGAGGGCUGGUUGGUGCGCGGAUACCGGGACGCAAGAGGACGGCACCUUUCGCACCGCCACGGCAACGUACAACACGUAUCGGAGAAUUGCGGCCACGAAAAUCGAGACGAGGGAGCGAGGGGCACUUAGCCCUUUGGCGAGCUCGAAGGAUGCAGCUCCCAGGCGGGAGCACGAGGAUUCCGCACGCGAGAAUACCGGCUUCUCUUCUGGUUAUCAUCAACGGCAACAACAUCGCAACGAUCACCGGGAGUAAACGCAUCGGUAGCAACAGCGGCGGUCCCGGUUACAACAAUUACCGUAGCAGAAGUAGUAAGAAGCACGACAGCAGCGGAUACAGACCCGAUAACGAAUCGAACCUUCCAAAGAAAAUCCGUCAUCCCGAGCCGAGGGCGGACGGCCGACAUCAAGUCACCAAGCAGCAGCCUCAGCCGUUGGCAGCGUCAGCUCUACGGCGGAAGGUGCGGGGCGAGGAAUAGUGAAAAGAAAGCAGAGAAAAAGCGAGGAACGACGGAAGAGGAAGAAGAGGAAGCGCGA